AUGGAUUCAAGAUGUGAAAAAUUAGUGCCCAAACGGAGAGCAGUGCAAGAGACAAAACCAGUCAUAGUCGUGGAUAAAAAGAAAAGUCCAACUACCGUGAUGGCUAACACACAACAAGGACACACCGAGGAUGUUAAAACAGGUUUAGGUGUGACGAGUGAGAAAGUGGAUCAAACGGAGUUACCAACUCAAGCUUCGAACCAAAAGCAAGCUCAAAGCACUACUCAUUAUGUGCUGCCUAAAGAAACCAAGCUGACAGCACACAUUCGACUUGAACAAGGCUUGAAUCCUAAGCUCCCUGAAGAUAAAGAGGACAAAUAUGAAGCUAUAACAUCUGUUGUGAGAACCCAAAAGAGUGAACAAGAUCAUGAAUUCAACCCAGAACCAAACAACAAGUGGAAACCGAAAAUAGAACAAAGAAUUGUUCAUGCAAUAUCUAAGUAUGAACAAACUGUUCUUGCUACCAAGGUCAAAUAG